UUCUGAAAUCCUCAGACCAGCCCGUCUGGAACCAACAACCAUGCUACAUUUAAAGUCAUCAAUCACCUUUCUUCCUCAUUCUGAUGCUGCCUUGAACUGCAGCAGAUCGUCUGGACCAUGUCUACAUGCAUUGAGUUGCUGCCGUGUGAUUGGCUGAUUAGAAAUUUGCCUUAACGAGCACCUGGACAAGUGUAUCUAAUAAAGUGAGUCUACAUAAAUUGCAUAUGCCAGCGCAUACACUGUUCUGGUUGGACAUCUUGGGUCAGUUUGACCCCACGGAUGAGCCUGUUCCCUGUUAUCCUGUGCAGUUUGGAGUUUUUCUGUCCGUCAGCUCCUCUGAGUUCUCAUCCUGCUCCCCAAACCCCUCUUAGUUUUUAAAAUAACUCAGUCAGAAGAGAAAGACAUCGUUUUUCCAACUUACAAAACCCUCACAGAGAGAUUAGACUCCCUCCAUGGAUGAAUUUCAGUGUCACAGAGUGUUGAUUAUGAAAGAAGAGCUCCAACGUUUCAUAAGUAACAGUAGGCCUUUUGUGUGGAAAUGUCAUUUUGCUGCACCGCUGCCUAAGGUCUUAAUAAGCUUGUACCGACUCGCACUAAUCUUUAAAGAGCUGCACAGCCUGACGUCCGGCACACUGAAGGGAAACCCUGGGCUGAAUUUCAGACGUUUCUUCCUUUGUUUAGGGUGCAUUGCAGUUUCAAACGUUUUCUUAGAAAUGUUUUCAGCUGUGAAGGCGGCAUACCACAUCUCAGCUUUCAGUUGGUACGCUUUCAUCGUUAACUGCCUCGCUGCAAAGGAUGGAGAGGACUUACCUGCAGGAAUCUUUGUGUACGGAGGGCCGUGGAAGUAUCUCACCUUCUUGAACUUGUUGCUUCAAAUGACGUUCUUUGGACUGGCUGCAGUCAAUGAUCUUCAGCCGGGAAAACAGACAGAAAGCCCUCUGAAAAAAUGCAACGAUUUCCUGUUCUCCGUGUUUGGCUUUCCUGUGGGGAUGUUUGUUGUUCUGCUUUUCUGGACCAUCUUUGCCUACGACAGAGAGCUGGUCUACCCGGCAUCCAUCGACUCCUUCUUCCCUCCGUGGAUAAACCACGCCAUGCACACCUUUGUCCUUCCUAUUUCACUGGGAGAGCUCCUGGUUCAGCCUCACACCUACCCUCAGCAGAAACACGCUCUAGCAGCACUGACGCUGGUUGGAUUGGCCUAUCUAUCGUGGAUCCUCUGGGUGUACGUCUCCGUGGGGGUCUGGGUGUACCCUCUUCUCGGGCACUUCAGCCCCGCCGGCUUGGCGGCCUUCUUCUUCUUUAACAUGUCUGUGGUGACGCUGCUCUACACGCUCGGGGACAAACUCAACAGCCUCGUCUGGAGAAAGGAAAAAGCAAACUGACUGAGCCGGAAAAACGGCCUCCUCUGCCCAUGAGCAACAUUUCAAACCACUUCUGUCUGCGACGGUUUCUUUAUGAAGCUCAAAAAAGGCCUAUUUAUUAUUGUAAAAUAUCAGAAACUUUCAAUGAAUCCCAAUAAAGCAGCUUCCAAAACAACA